CCCCGCCGCCGCCGCCCGCGCGGGGAUGUAGGAUGCUGGUGGGCGCCAGGCUCCAGCGGCGGCGGCGGCAGCCUCUCCUUUGGCCGAUGAAUGCAGACCCGCCGCCGCCGCCGCCCUGGGUUUGGAUGGUCCCCGGCUCGACCGGGCUGCUCCGGCUGGGCGCUGGGGUCGCGCCCCCGCCCGUGCUGCUCGCAGCGGCCCAGCCCCCCGCCGCUCCGCUGCUCCCGGGGCUGCCCGGCUGGCAAGCCCCCGGUGAGCCUCUGCUGCCGCUGGUGCCGCUGCCCUCUGCGCCAGACCACGCCGCCGCCGCCGCCGCCGCGCACUACUACCCGCUGCUCCACGGGCAGUGGCUACUCGGUGGCCCUUCUCCGUCAAUAGGACUGUCCCCCUCUUCCACUGUGGAGCUGGUGCCCAUCUUCCCACAUGUCUGCCCACCUGCUCUCCCCACUCCUGUUGGGAAAGGUUGGAUAGACAAACGGAUACCCAAUUGUAAGAUCUUUUUAAAUAAUUCCUUUGCUCUGGACUCAACGUGGAUAUAUCCCGAGGAAUCAAGAUUGUUCCAUGGGUAUGGAAAGCCUCAUUUGUUGGCAAAUCAAGUAGCUGUGUCUCUGUCCAGGCCAGCGCCUGCCUCCAGGCCCCUUCCCACAGUGGUGUUAGCACCUCAGCCUAUACCAGGUGGUUGCCACAACAGCCUUAAGCCCGUGGGCAGCAGCCCCGCCAUCGCCAUCGCCGCCGCGGCCGCAGCCAUGGUCUCCGUGGACGCUGAGGGACUUGGGGGCCCGUCCCCCUCCAGCGCGCAGCCCUGCCACUUCCUGACGCUGGCACCCAUCAAGAUACCCCUGCGGACUGUCCCCUUCCCUGGUGAGAAGGGACUCAGCCUUGUCGUGCAGAAGCUGGGCAUUCAGUCAUGUGGCAGGAUUUCUGAGCGCCAUCUCUCCCUGGUGUGUGAUGUCACGGUUGUCGAGGUCACCCCCAAGCCCCGGCAGGUGCUGCCUGCUGCCCUGCCCUCUCCUCUGUCUCCGGGCCUCCCUGGGCAGCGCUGGCGCUUUGGCCACAUCCCUGCGGAGGGAAGCCGCAGCGUGUUUGCUGACCGGGUCCGAUUAUCACCCAACUUGUUUGCGCUGUUCGACCACUUGUCCCAAUCUGCAAACAGCUUUCUUUCGAGAUAA